GGUAACUGAGCUCCAGCUGCUCUUCUUCCCCAAGAAGAUCCACGAGACACUCCUCAGGAUCACCUAAGUGGGUCAGAGCAUCCUGAGCACUAGGUCUUGGUGGAGAUGCCAAAAUGAGAAGUUGCAAGCAUCCUGGCCCCCACCAAACAGCCUCCCAGGUGACCAGUGCUGGGCCUGGGACAAGGACCACUGUCCCUCUGGCAGCCUCCUGUCCUGCCACCCUCACCACGUUCAACCCACAGAGGCCCCCAGCUGAUGUUCCUGUGACCUUUGAGGAUGUUGCUGUGCACUUCUCUAAGGAGGAAUGGUGCCUCCUUGAUGAGGCUCAGAGACACCUGUUCCUCGAAGUGAUGCUGGAGAACUUUGAACUCAUAUCCUCUCUAGGUUGCUGCUGUGGAGCAGAGGAUGUGGAGGCACCUACUGAGCAGCAUGUUUCUGGGACAGUGUCACAGGCAAAGAACCCCAAUGGAGCUGUGUCCUCCCAGAAGAGCCACCCCUGUGAGUGUUGUGGGCCAGUCCUGAGAGACAUUUUCCACUUGGUUGAGCAGCAGGGAACACAACACAGCCUGAAACUAUUGAGGUGUGGGGCAUGUGCAAAGCAGUUUCAUUUCAGCCAGAAAGCCAUUGGCUGCAACCAGACGCUUGCUCAGGACCAUGGUGUCUGUAAUGGACUACAGUGUUUUGUGUGCCGUGAAUGUGAAAAAUCUUUUACAAAAAUCUCUGAUCUCCAUUAUCAUCAGAAAUUGCACACAGGAGAAAGUCCAUACGAGUGCAGUGAAUGUGGGAAAUGCUAUAAAAAACAAUCCACCCUUAUUCUACACCACCGACUUCAUUUGAAAGAAAAGCUUCACAAGUGUGGCGAAUGUGGGAAAUUCUUUAUCCAAAGUUCAAGCCUCAUGCAACACCAGAGAGUUCACACUGGAGAAAAGCCAUAUGAAUGUGAUGAGUGUGGGAAAUCCUUUAGCCAAAGUUCAAGCCUCGUUCAACACAGGAGAGUUCACACUGGAGAAAAGCCAUAUGAGUGUGGUGAAUGUGGAAAAUAUUUUACCAGAAUCUCUGGUCUUUAUCGUCAUCAGAGACUUCACACUGGAGAAAGGCCUUAUAAGUGCAGUGAAUGUGGGAAAUCUUUUGUCAGGAAGUGUGAGUUGAGUUAUCAUCAUAAAUGUCACACUGGAGAAAGGUCUUAUGAGUGUAGUCAGUGUGGGAAAUCUUUAACCACUAGUGAUGGCCUCCGUUAUCAUCAGAAACUUCACACUGGAGAAAAGCCUUAUAAGUGCAAUGAAUGUGGGAAAUCUUUUGUCAGGAAUGUUCAGCUCAGUUAUCAUCAGAGAAAUCACACUGGAGAAAGGCCUUAUGAGUGCAGUCAGUGUGGGAAAUCUUUUACCACUAGUGAUGGCCUCCGUAAUCAUCAGAGACUUCACACUGGAGAAAGGCCUUAUGAGUGCAGUCAGUGUGCGAAAUCUUUUACCAGUAGGAGGAGCCACCGUCGUCAUCAGAGACUUCACACUGUAGAAAGGCCUUAUGAGUGCAGUCAGUGUGAGAAAUCUUUUACCACUAGUGAUGGCCUCCGUAAUCAUCAGAGACUUCACACUGGAGAAAGGCCUAAUGAGUGCAGUCAGUGUGGGAAAUCUUUUACCACUAGUGAUGGCCUCCGUCGUCAUCAGAGACUUCACACCGGAGAAAGGCCUUAUGAGUGCAGUCAGUGUGGGAAAUCUUUUACCAGUAGUGAUGGCCUCCGUUAUCAUCAGAGAAUGCACACCGGAGAAAGGCCUUAUGAGUGCAGUCAGUGUGGGAAAUCUUUUACCAGUAAGAGUAGCCUCCGUUAUCAUCAGAGAAUGCACACCGGAGAAAGGCCUUAUGAGUGCAGUCAGUGUGGGAAAUCUUUUACCAGUAAGAGUAGCCUCCAUUAUCAUGAGAGUCUUCACACCGGAGAAAGGCCUUAUGAGUGCACUGAAUGUGGGAAAUCAUUUGCCCUGAACAUUCAGUUGCAUCUUCAUCAGAGAGUUCACAGGAGAAAGGGCUCAGGAUUGCAGUGAAUGUGGGAAAUAUUUUGCCAUAAACAGUUACUUUCGUUGUCAUCAGAGACUUUACAGGUGUGCCUAUACUUUUGAAAGGAAUUACUUUCAAAGAUCUUGCAAAGGGCCAUGUGUCCUAAUGUCUGCAUUUCCAUGGGUGAUGGUCACUUG